AUGGGAGUUAAAUUUCUUGACAUUGUGAAGCCAUUCUGCGCUAUACUGCCUGAGAUUGCGCGACCAGAGAGAAAGAUCCAAUUCCGUGAACGAGUACUAUGGACAGGAAUAACGCUUAUGAUUUUUUUAUUUUGCUGCCAAAUACCUCUUUUUGGUAUACUGUCUUCGGAGUCCGCUGACCCUCUUUACUGGUUGCGUGUGAUAUCUGCAUCUAACAAGGGUACUUUAAUGGAACUGGGUAUUUCUCCUAUCAUCACCUCUGGCUUGAUUAUGCAGUUACUUGCCGGGAUUCAGAUACUAACAGUAGGAGAUGCACCUAAAGAUAGAGCACUUUUUAAUGGUGCUCAAAAGCUUUUUGGCAUGGUUAUAACUAUUGGCCAGGCGUCUGUCUACGUUAUGUCCGGCAUCUAUGGCUCUCCAAGCGAUCUGGGUGCUGGAAUCUGUUUGCUUAUUAUCUUUCAGUUGACGUUCGCAGGGCUUCUAGUACUUAUGUUGGAUGAAUUGUUGCAAAAGGGAUAUGGCCUCGGAUCUGGAAUUUCUUUGUUCAUUGCUACAAAUAUUUGUGAAACAAUUGUUUGGAAAGCAUUUAGUCCCACAACGAUCAAUACUGGAAGGGGCACGGAGUUUGAGGGUGCCAUUAUUUCCCUCUUUCAUCUCCUGGCCACCAGAACUGACAAAGUUAGGGCUCUCAGAGAAGCUUUUUACCGACAAAAUUUACCCAAUCUAAUGAAUAUAUUAGCUACCGUUUUGGUAUUUGCUAUUGUAAUAUAUUUCCAAAGCUUCCGGGUGGAUAUUGCUGUCCGAGCCAUCCGUUAUAGAGGCCAGUCAACUUCGUAUCCGAUAAAGCUAUUCUACACUAGUAAUGCACCUAUAAUGCUUCAAAGUGCACUCGUUUCCAACCUUUAUGUUAUCUCACAAAUGUUAGCAAGCAAGUUUCGUGGAAGUUUCUUAAUCAAUCUCUUGGGCAUAUGGUCAGAUGGUGAGGGAGGGUCUAGAUCGGUUCCUAUUGGUGGUCUCUGCUACUUUAUGACUCCACCCGAAUCCUUUUCUCACAUGCUUAUGGAUCCCAUUCAUGGAAUAAUAUAUAUUGCUUUUAUGCUGGGCAGUUGUGCAUUCUUCAGCAAAAUCUGGAUUGACGUGUCUAAUUCAAGUGCUAAAGAUGUUGUCAAACAAUUAAAAGAGCAACAAACUUCCAUACCUGGACAUCGAGAGGGCUCUAUGAUCCAUGAACUGAACAGGCAUAUCCCAACAGCUGCAGCCCUUGGUGGGUUGUGUAUUGGAGCCCUUUCGGUCUUAGCUGAUUUCCUUGGAGCCAUCGGAAGCGGCACUGGAAUUCUUUUGGCUGUCACGACAAUAUAUCAAUACUAUGAGGUGUUUGUUCGCGAGCAAAGUGAAAUGGGUGGUACCAUGAUUCGGCUCUUGCGAGUUUCCAUUUGGGAUUGUAAGAACGGCCUAAAUCGGUACUCAUUUGGCCUUCCCUCGGGCGGAAUAUGCAACAAUGCCACUUCGACCUUGAGCUGCUGGGAGUCUGCUUUGUGUAUUGUCUUGCGUCGUAUCGGCUGUGCAUUACAGUUGACCUAUAGAAAGCUUUAG